GGCAUCGUUCCUGAAAGACGGGAUUGGAAGGAACCUCCGAUGACGUGCGCUAUUUUUUCGUGCAGAUAAAAUGCAACUCGUGAAAAGACAGCAUUUUACUCAUUUGCCUGGUUUAGGUGUUUAGUUUUGGAAAUGUCCUUAACUCACUGAUCUGUUAGCCUAAGCUCUGGAAGCAUCUUCCGCUCAUUCCUGCAUCCGCGUUACCGCCUCUGCACCGACGAAUCGCAUCCAACCUACCUGCGCAUCCUUGAAUUAGUUGCCAAAAUGGCAUCGGCAGCGUCGGGAACAGGCUAGCAGGCGACGUGCCCUGAUGUGAUGAAAUGGACCGUGUAUGUCCAAUAUAUUUGAGUUCAACAGCUUGGGAGUGUCUGGAUGCUAGUUUUUGAAAAUAAUGCCAGAAUGCCGCAGGCACUGCUGUUGUGAAACUGGAUCCGGUCGAGCGACGAAUGGGGUGACUUCUCCGGCAAGAAGGUCCCAGACGCGGGCCAUCGGAUUCAGCGCCUCCCGGGCGGACCCCCAGCUCUAACGGGGUCGUCUGGGGGGCAAUCGGAGAAAAUGCAGGAGGUGACGGUGGAGGGGGAUGAUCCCAUUUUAGACGGGACUAACAGAGAGGUGCAACGUCCGGUGAGGCAGUCCCUGCUAGCGUCUCUGUGUCGCGAGUCGCAUUGGAAGUGCCUGCUGCUGACCUUGCUGAUGUACGGCUGCUUCGGCACUCUGGGCUGGUGUGCCUUCUGCACCGUGCCCGUCCUCCCGUCUUCCUCGUCCUCCUCGUCCUUGUUCUCCUUCGCCGCCGCCCCCUUCGACCACUCCAACGAUCCCACGGAGCCGCCCUACGCCUACGGCGACCUCGGGAUGACCAGCCCGUGCUCCAGCGGCUAUGUUUACAUCCCGCUGGCCUUCCUGGCCAUGCUGUACGUGGUGUACCUGGUGGAGUGCUGGCACUGCUACUCGAAGACGGCCACGCUGGCGCAGGCGGAGACGGCCGAGGUGUACGAGCGCGUGCAGAGGCUCCAGCAGGCCACGCCCUGCAUCUGGUGGAAGGCUAUCAGCUACCACUACGUGCGGCGCACGCGGCAGGUGACGCGCUACCGCAACGGCGACGCCUACACCAGCACACAGGUGUACCACGAGCGCGUCAACACGCACGCCGCCGCCUCGGAGUUCGACUACGGCCGCUACGGCGUCAACGACGUGUCCAGGGACCUGCGGGGCCUGAUGGAGCACCCGGCCGUGCGCCUUCGCUUCACCAAGUGCUUCAGUUUCGCCAGCGCGCGGGCGGAGGCCGCCUACCUCACGCAGCGCGCGCGCUUCUUCGGCGACAACGAGGGCCUGGACGACUACAUGGAGGCGCGCGAGGGCAUGCACCUGAAGAACGUGGACUUCCGCGAGCACAUGCUGGCCUUCCUGGACCCGGCGCGGCAGCCGUGGUUCGCGCGGCACGCCGUCUUCUGGCUGGCCUCCGCCGUGCUGCUGUCGUGGCCGCUGCGCGUCGUGGCCGAGUACCGCACCGCCUACGUGCAUUACCACGUGGAGAAGCUGUUCGGCGACCGCGACGAGACCCGGUCGGGCGACGGCGACGGAGGAGGAAGUGAGGCGGCCAACAACGAGAGGAACGGUAGCGUCGGAGGCGGAGGCUCCAGCUACAGAGCCAUCUCUCGCGUCAACACCGUGGACAUGACCGAGCUGGAGUGGCACAUCCGCUGCAAUCAGCAGAUGGUGCCCAGCUACUCGGAGGCCCUGCUGAUGGACCUGGACACCAGUGGCCCCAACCCGGCCGUGGCCCAAACUGGAGCCCCAACGCUGGCGGGAGGAGGAGGGAACGGAGCCCCGGCCGCCCCGGUGGCGUUCGCCUCGGCCUACCUGCUGCAGAGCUGCCCCCGCUGCAGGCGCUCCACCAGCAGCGCCUCCUUGCCCUCCAGGCUGCGGGGCCCCACGGCGGCCCUGCUCACGGGCACCAUGGCCGGGAUGAGGGCCAGCGUGGCAGCGACGGCGGCGGCGGCGGCGGGGGGUGGUGGCGUGCCGGGAGCGGGGCCCGGGAGGCUGGUGCUCAGCCGCAGCGGCUUCUCCCUCGGCCGGCUGCAGGCCUCGCGGCCGGCGUCCCUGUUCCACUCGCGCAGCGUGGGCGGGGGGCUGGGGGGACGAGGAGAGGACGGAGGAGGAGGAGGGGGCUUCCUCGGUUUGGGAUCCAGGCAGGACGAGGAGAGUAGGGGAGUGCUCGAGGGUGACGGCGACGAAGAAGAGGAAGAGGAGGGGGAAGUGAAUGAGGUGAGCGAAGAGAAUGAAGAGCGACAGGAGAAUGAGCAGGAAGAGGAGGAUAGAGAGGAUGGGAGGGAAGGAGAGAGGGAGAGACCACCAGCCUAUCAGGAUGCAUUCUUCUUCCCCGUGCUGAUUGUCCAUGGAGAGGAGAGCUGCCAUUCUGGAGAAGAUAUUUCAUAAAGCAGUUGAGACAGAGAGUAACAUGGAUUGAAACAAUGAAAUACAAAAGAAAAACAUGUAUUUGAAAAUGAACAUAGAAAAAAAAAACUUUAGUAUGUACAUAAGAAAGGGCAGAUAGAUAUUUUGAUGUAAGAAUAUUGUAGGCUAGGGAAUUUUGAGCAUAAGGAGAGUGCAGGUUAAAAAGGACCAAAUGGCACAUUUACAGUAUGUGAGCUGAAGUCAGAAAAAAAAUACUCAGAUUGUUGGAUAACUAUGCAAUGACAAGGGGACGUGAGGAGACAGUCAGAAUGGAUGUUAGGCCUGUCCCUGCAAUUCCUUUAAUGCUUAACUAAAGAAGAACAGGACCCAGGGCAGGACAGUGUGGACAUAUUUUGUCUUCCAAGACCAAUAAGAAAUAAUCACCAUGAACACAAAGAAAGAAAACAUGUCUGUCACAUUCAGCCAUUUUGUCUAAUGAGGGUCUAAGAGCAUCUGUCUUGUGGAUCAGACGUCAAAUGAAUCUCAAGCCGAUGGGUCUGUAUACAUCAGGAUUUCUCAUUUUCUUAUUUCAAUCAAAAUUAUCUCAGCUUUUGUAUUUCAGCCUUUUUCCUGAUUCAUUUGACCUUCUGUUCCAAGUUCAGUGAUAACAGGUAACUUUUGAAAAUGCCUCAGCAAAGGAAAUGUACCAUUGACAUUUUUUUUUUUUUUUGUCAAAGCGGGUGAGACCUGUGGAAGUUUUUUUUCACCCCUGCCUGUAACCUCAAGUCCUUAUGGGAAUUCAGCCUGAGGCUAUAUUUUCAGUAGGUCUGGAAGCCCAAUCACCCCUCUGCCUUUUUUGUCUUUUCGACUGAUCUCUGGUUUUCUUUUUAGCCAUGUGAGCCUUUCAAAGGCUUCCGAAAUAAACAGAAAGUAUACAUUAGAUCAAUGAUUAUGCUAAAGAUUAAGCAACUCUGUUGGCUGUUGGAUAAGAAUGUCAGUGCAAAGACUAUUAUAGACCAUUUUUUCAUUCCCCCUCAUAAAGGGUCAUCUCUUUAUUUUUGAACACCGGACUCACUUUAUUUGCACUACAACAAGUUUUUGUAUCAUUUUGAGCUCAAGCUUCUCACCAACUUUGCCUCACAAAUAUUGUUGCUCUUUGUCGUAAUAACUCGGCAUCACUUUGAUUCGUGAGAAAAGAUAUUCUUGCAGCAUGUUGCCUUUCAUCCACAUACAGUGUGUAAUGCUGACCUUAACAGAUGCUGAAGCAUCAUAUUAUAUCUGAGCAAUUGGUAUCGGGAUAUAGCCUUUUGUGCCAUUAUACAACCUCUGACUUCCUGGUAAUAUUGUACAUGACAAGUCACAUGCCUCCAUCUGCUUGAAGUCUACAUCACGUUGAGUCAGACUAUAUGCAGCAAGCAAAUACUCCACAACUAUACUUUGUCUCCAGUAUAGCUUUUUCUUGUAAGUGAUCAACUUUGUGCACCAUAUAAAGAGCACCACACCUCAUGCCAAAGCUGAACCAGUCAUGUACACAUGUAUGAAUGAAAGUCACAUUCACACAAACAGUUAUACUCGCUUCCACAUUAUAUUACACCAUUUAAAUUAGAAAGGAAGAAACUGAAGAAAAAGAACAUAUUAAAUCUUACCGUAAUGUUGUCAGAAUGUUAUGUGUUGCAACCUGAAUGUUGACUAUGAUCUACUAAGAGUACACAGCGAACGUUCCGUGUGUCACAGAUGUGUGUGAUUCUCAUGUAGCCCAGUUGUGUUUUGCACUGUAUGUGAUCUAGACGAAUAAUCUGACUAUAACUAUGUUGGAGUCUUUUUGUAAGGGUUUUUAGCCUGUAGUAUUUUCGGCGGGGAUAUGUAACAUAACCAUGGCUAAUUUUUUUAACAUGCAUUUUAUUAUCACUCCAUUCAGUUAGUAUGGCACAGAAUCAAGGUACAUUUACUUUGUGUUGGAGAAAAACAUCUAAACAUUGGUACAGAUUCCCAAGUCACUGUUUAAUUAAUGGUUGUUGGUUCAAUAGUUGAAUUUCAAUAGCUUCAAUAGUUGAAUUUUAUUUGGAAUGACCUGUCACUACCUCUACAUAUAAAGCUACAGUAACAGUGAUCUUGCUUCAGUUCAUUACAAAUAACAGGCUGUUGUAAUGUUAAUUAUAAAGGCUAAGUUUAUUCCCAAUUUCGCCUUUGUCUGACAGCAACUGCAUCUGCCCUUCAGAUUUAAGUUGGCUGAAAUAAAAUGGUGGAGAUGAAGACAGAAUAAAGUGAAAGUGUUUUGUCAAAUCACAUUUUAUAUUGGUGUUGAGCUUGGAAAUGUGACAGUGCCUACAUUUGUUUAUUUAUCGUAAUGAACAUCUCCUAAUGAUUUUCUGAAUUGUAUUCUCCUUUAGCAUCCAGUUUACACCUGCAUUCAUUUUCUUUGAAAAGCUUUAAUAAUGCUGUAAUUAAAACUAUGCUGAAAGGUCAA